CCCUCAGGCGGGGCGGUCGGGGAGGAAGUGGCCCGGGGAGGCCGGAAGCGGCGUUUGACGAGGGGCAGGCGGAGCGGGGCGCUGGCCGUAGGCCUUGCCAAUGGAUGAACUGGUGCAUGACUUGGCCUCAGCCUUAGAGCAGACUUCGGAACAAAACAAGCUGGAUGAGCUAUGGGAAGAGAUGGCCCUAAGCCCACGGCAACAGCGGCGUCAGCUUCGCAAGAGACGGGGUCGUAAGCGACGCUCAGACUUCACGCAUCAGGCAGAGCAUGCCUGCUGCUACAGUGAGGCCUCAGAGUCAAGCUUGGAUGAAGCUGUCAAGGAUUGCCGUGAGGUGCUGACAGCCAAUUUCAGUGACUCUGAUGACACGGCAGUGGUCAAACGACACCCAGCUCUCAGUGCCACCCUGAGGAGCAAGCAACACUCGUGGCAUGAGUCAGACUCCUUUACAGAGAACGCACCCUGUCGACCUCUCAGGCGCCGACGGAAAGUCAAACGUGUGACGUCAGCGGUGGCUGCCAGUCUCCAGCAAAAGCUCAGGGUGUCAGAGUGGAACUAUGAGAGGGGUUGCAGGUUCAAGUCAGCCAAGAAGCAGCGUCUUUCACGCUGGAAAGAAAACGCCCCUUGGACAUCAUCCAGUCACGGCCUUUGUGAAUCAGGAGAGAACAGGCCCUUCCUCAGCAAAGGGGGAAGGAAGGAGCGGAUGGAGUGUGAAGCUGAUGAACAGAAACAGGGCUCAGAUGAAAACAUGUCGGAAUGUGAAACCAGCAGUGUAUGCAGCAGCAGUGAUACUGGCCUGUUUACCAAUGAUGAGGGCCGCCAAGGAGAUGAUGAGCAAAGUGAUUGGUUUUAUGAAGGAGAAUGUGUUCCAGGAUUCACUGUCCCCAACCUUCUUCCCAAGUGGGGAGCUGACCACCGAUCUGAAGUGGAGAGGAUUGACUCAAGCCUGGACAAGCUCUCAGAUUCCAUGUUCCUUUUGCCCUCGCGGCCAGCUCAGAGAGGAUUUCAUGCUCGCCUGAAUCGCCUUCCAGGAGCUGCCGCCCGUUGUCUCCGAAAAGGUCGGAGGAGGCUUGUUGGCAAGGAGACCUCCAUGAGCACUGUGGGCACCGAGAGGCUAGGUCAAAUUGUUAGCGAUCCACGCCAGAAAGAAAAGAACCAAGUGCCGGCUUCUGAUUUCCCACACACUGUGGCCUGUGCACAUGAGUUCAAUCCAUUAUCUCCUCUGUACUCUCUGGAUGUGCUUGCUGAUGCUUCGCACCGAAGAUGCUCACCAGCACACUGCACUGCCAGGCAAGCAAAUGUACACCUGGGACCACCAUGUUCAAGGGACAUCAAGAGGAAACGAAAGCCAGCUGCAGCCUCCAUGUCCAGCCCAACAUCAGCAACUUUACCUGUCCACAUGGAUGGAGCAGAGUCAGAGCUACCAGCAACACCAUCCCUGAGAUCCCAGAACUCUGAGUGGACAGGGAAAACACCAGCAGCUGAGAAAGCCACUAUUGCUGCCUCCAGUAACUUUUUUAAAAUGCCACCAGAGAAGAGCCCUGGAUACAGCUAAAAGGAAGCAUCUCGACUGUAAAAGCUUGCUGGAUUUUCAGUGUGUUUGACUCUGGUGUGUAUCUUCACCAAACAUCUUGUUUGGCAGUAGUGAUAUCUUCAGUAUUGGUGCGUGAUGCGUGCCAUUAUCCAGACUGAUCUGCGCGCCCUGCAUACCUAAAUCAUGUUUGCAAAUCUGUUUAAAAAAAGGUAAUCAGUGUUGGGACCGCAGUGGCUUUUAAAAAUGUUCUUGCUAUUGCUGUAUUUAUUAUGCAUUCAUCUUCUCUGAUGCCAGCUCAUAUGUGCUGGGUCAUGUACAGAUUCUUUUGGGUUUUCAGAUCUUUAUUCACCCCCUGCACAUGUUGCUUGUUUGUGCAUUUGGGGUUUUUUGGGUGAAAGUCCCACUAUCGCCCAGGGACACAAAAGUCUCCCCCUGCUUUGUUCCAGGCCAGGAGGAUUUCUUGGCUGGAGAAUGAGGAGGGAGUGCAAACAAGUUGAAACAUGGAACCUGAAUUCUGUAUUAACAGAAUGUUUUUAGGCCAUGUGCUAAUGGACUUGUAUCAUGUUGAUUCUAGGGUAGCAAAUAUGGUGCUUGUCCAUUCAGAAAUUGCCAUUUGCUUACUGGCAGCAUGGUCCAUUAGACCUUUUCCUUCACCCUUGUUCUGAAUGUCUUUGUUCUUGCUUGUGUAUUGCAUGUUCUUUCCUAAAUCUCCUACUGGAUAAGGAUUUGGGAGAACUACUUGGACAUAUAUCUGCAAGCUGGUGUCCUGGAAAGGAACCUGGGCCCUUGAAUGUCCUUGGGGUGUGGUAAAGAAUAUACAAAACUUCCAUUUUUUGGUGUAUAAAUUAAAAAAAUUACUGUGGGCAUUUCUAAAGGAUGCUCGCUGUUGAAGUUAACAUGCCAUUGAACAAAAAAGCCAUUUAAAGUAUCACUUGAGUUUACAGCAUUCUGGGUAUUGAUCAGACCAUUUCUGUCUCACGUUUUCCCUCCUUUCAAAAAGUAUUGUCUGCUAUAUCUACCGGACAUGUCUCCACCUACUGAUGAUUAUACUUUAGUCUGCAGCAUACAAAAAAGAUUCUCUUCUUUUUAUAGCACUUUCACCUGGUCUCCUGUUAGCUCCCAUGUUGCACAAUAUAUGGAGAGUGAUUUCUUCCCUCUUUUUUCUUGAAUUCUUGAUCACACUCCACUUACUUUUCUUGAAUUACUGGAGCUUAUUUUGGGCUGCGUUUUUAAAACAUAUACCUGCAUAGCAUAUGUCAAGGAACAGUUGGCCUCAUGGCUUCUUCAGUCCUUCAAAAAUAGGAUAUAUUUGUAUGCAUAGAACCCUUUUUUGCUUUCCUCACUGGAUGGAGCUUUCAGACAGGACUGUUUAAGCUUGUAAAAAUUAAUUUUGAAUGUGGAGGUGCAGUUAGCACUCUUAAAUAGAUAAAAUUUGCAUGUUUUUAGUGGCUUUGCAGUGUUGUGCUCUCCCUUAUAAAUCAAAUAGCUGAGGGACAGAUUUGAUUGUGAGGAUAUAAAGCGGUGAUCUAUAUUUAACUUUGUAUUAAAAUGUUAAAUGGUCAUAUCAUAAACAAAACAAAAAUUGAAUGACUCACUAAAUCAUGAUUGACAAAUACAGUUAUUACAGACACACUGUGUCUGAUCCCCUAAUACCUACUUAUUCUUGUGGAGAGAUCCAAAUUGGAUUUAUAUUUCGCAGCCCAAGCAAACUGUCAGAUCCGUCCAUGUAAAUCCCUCUCAAAACCUUUUUUCUUUUUUUUUUUUUGUGGUUGUUUUUUGUUUGUUUGUUUUUGAUGGUGGUAUGUUUUAAAACUAGUUAGAACAAGGAAAGCCUUUUUACCUUGCAGGAGGAGUACAGAGGUCAGUGUUUGGAUUAUGGGACAAGCUGUAGGGUUUUGUGCAGAGAUGAGUGUUCCUGUUUUAAACUGUUCAUUGAAUUGUCUUAUUUUGUGCUUAUUUUGAGCAAUGGCACUUCAGAGGUAGCACAGGAAGUCUCGGCACUGGAGAGCCUGUAAUCUAGAACAUACAAAGAGAAGGUAAACCUGAAGAGUAGUAGCUUGACUAUCUAGUACUCCUGAACACAGUGAAGGGGAAAGGUGGUCACAUUCUCCUAACAACCUGCAGAUAAAUUUUAGGAUCGGUAGCCUUGUAACCUAACUUGCAGGCUGUUCCAGGGACAGGUAGUGGUUCCCUAAAAGAGCAUUUGUGCAACUGAGUGUUCUUAAUCUCACGAAGGAUCCUCCGUAGUCUCUCUUGGUUUGAGUCUAUUCAACAGACUCACUCAGAUUACUGAGCAUUCAGCUAAAAUUUAAAAAUUUGGGCCGUUGUGUUCACCUUUUUAAAACCAAUUCUGGUAUAUGUUGCUACAUUCUGAGUAUUGUUCGGAGUAGUUUUGUUUCUUCUGUGGUGUCAGGGCAGUUUUAAAACUUUUAUGAGAGGUGUUUGAGGUGUUAGGGAAUCAAUGGGCUUCACCUCACUCAUUGCAGCAAGGGGAGGGGGUUGACAGACUUCACAUGAUUUUUCACUAGGGGCAGGAAAAGAUAAUUUAUCAGAUUUCCCUAUUGAGGUCAGUAGCAUUGUUCAUCUGUUUAAGCCCUUACUUAGGUUGUAAGCUCCUAGGAGGUCUUCCUUGCCUUUUAAGGUUGAAUGUACGUGUGGCAGUACUGAAGAGUAGCUGUGGCAGGCCUUACCUUGGCAAGGCAUACUUCCUGCUGUGGCAACUUUCUGGAAUUGCCAGGAGGCUCAAGUUCUUGCAGCUGCCCUGUCUUUCCUAUUUCUAUGUUAGAAUCCAUUUGCAGGUCAGGCAGGCUCUCAACCAAAUUUGAUUCUCCUGAGUGGUAGACAAGCUAAAUGAAUUAUCUAUCUUGUUUCUCCAGGGCGUUUACCAAAAUUCAUCUUCAGACUUCAGUAACUUGAUACAGAUUUGAAUAUUUGCAGCAUUUUAGAUGAAUGAACUAGGUGCAUUGUUUUGUCUCUUCCUCUAAGGCAGAUUCAUUAGAACUCAUGCUGUACUCACACAAUACUUGCAGUGAAGGACACAGUGCUUCAGAUGUGGUUUGCUUGAGUAGAAAAGAAUAAUAAUGUGCCUUGAUUUGGUAGCUGUGCUUUUACUAAGGUGGUCCAGUAUGUGAUUAUAGCUUCAAAGAUACACAGCCCACUUAUUCCACUUCUUGUCCAUCAGGACUCCCCAGUCUUUUUCAGGUUUAUCUUCUCUCCAGUUGUCUUCUCUCUGUCUUACGGGAAUCUUUAACUUCCCAGACAUCAUCUGGGAAUACCAUACUGCUGUGACAAGCAAGUCUGAGAAAUUCCUCAAGUAUAUUGAAGAUAAUUUCUUGUCACAAGUACUCAGUGAGCCAGCUAGGAAAGCUGCCCUCAUAGACUUGUUAUUUGUGAACAGAGAAGGGACUUGUGGCAGGUGUGAUGGUAGGUGGCUGUCUUGGCCACAGUGAUCACAAAAUGGUUGAAUUUAAAAUUUUUGAUGUAAUGAGAAAAAUGGUCAGCGGAGUUGCUGCCCUCGAUUUCAAGACAGCUAACUUUAACCUAGAUAGCAAGCUAGUUAGCAGUGUCCCCUGGCAUCUGCUUUUGAGGGCUGAGGGAUCCAUGAGUGCUGGUCAGUUUUUAAGAACCACCUUUCAAAGCACAAGAGCAGGCAACUGUUGUGUAGAAAGUCAAGCAAGUGGUGCAGAAAACCAGUUUAGUUGAACAGGGAACUCCUCUUGGAACUCAGGAGGAAAAAGAAAUUGUGUCAUCUCUGGAAGCGAGGUCAAGCUUCUCAGGAAGAUCAGAGCUGUGUUUUGCAUAUGCAGGGAGAAAACAUGAAAGGCCAAAGCCUAAUUAGAGUUGAAACUGGCCAGUGUUGUGUCAGACAAGAAGAAAGGCUUUUUGAAGUACAUUAACAGCAAAAGAAGGUCUAAGGAAAACAUUGGACUGGUACUUGUUGAAGAUGGUUGCCUGACAAAUAAGGCUGAAGAAAAAGUGGAGGUAUUCAGUGAUGUGUUGGGUUUGUUUGUUUGGGUUUUUUUUUCUCAGUCUCUAAUAAUACUGAUAGACCUUGGGCUUCCCAGUCCUCUGAGUUGGAGGACCACGACUGUGGGAACAGUGACCUUCCAUUUGCUGACACUGAAAUUAUAAGGGACCAGUUGUAUCAGUUGAAUGUUCAUAAGCCCAUGAAGCCAGAUGGGAUUCAUCCUGGAGUACUGAGGGUGCUAGUGGAUGUUUCAGUAGGACCCCUCUCAAUCAUCUACCAAAGGUCUUGGGAGUCUGAGGAGGUCCCUGCUGACUGGAAGGUAGCCAGUGUUAUUCCAAUUUACAAGAAAGGCCUGAGGGAAGUCCUAAGAAACUAUAGCCCUGUUAGCCUGACCCCAGUACCUGGAAACAUUAUGGAGAAGCUCAUACUGGGUGCUAUUGAAAGGCAUUUAAAGGGCAAUGCAAUCAUCAGGCACAGUCAACAUGGAUUCACAAAGGAAAAGUCUUGUCUAACUAAUUUGAUACCCUUCUACAAUAAGGUCAGCCACCUAGUGGAUGAAGGGAAAGUGGUGGAUGUAGUUUUUCUGGAUUUUAGUAAAGCUUUUGAUACUGUCCCUCACAGCAUCCUUCUGGACAAGUUGUCCAACUAUGAGAUGAGCAAGUACAUCAUGUGCUGGGUGAAGAACUGGCUGAACAACAGGGCUCAAAGGGUUGUAGUGGGGCAGUCAGGUUCAUAGGCAUGAUAUUCCGUCAUUUAAUCUGGCUGCCUGUUCCUAGUAACCUUCUUGUCCUUUGGGUGCCUGGAAAUGGCUUCCAGAACUUGCUCCAUAAAGCUACAAGGGACUGAGAUAGGGCUGACUAGCCUGUUAUUUCCCAGAUCUUCAUUCCUACCUUUUUAGAAAGGUGACAUGAUAUGUACCCCUUCCUGUCACCGGUGACUUCAUGCAAUUGCCACAGUUCUUCACAGAUGACAGAGACCAGUCUUCUAAAGACAUACUUUUGCAAACAGGGCUUUAUUUAUGUACAUCGAGAAGAUGGACAUUCAGGGAAAGAGAAAUCGAGAAUUAGGAGGAGCAUAUUUAGUAGUUGUUCUUUGCAUAUCUCCAGCAGUUCCGGUGAGCUCUAGUGAGGAUUAGUGCCCAGUUUGGUAGGUACUGGAGAAGUGCAAACUAAAAGAAUGUUGUUUCUAGCCUUAUGGAUUUAUGAUUUUUAGGUAAUGUACAAUAAAGGGUGAAGAAGGCAACAAAACAGUAGCCGGAGAGAAACUGCUAAGAGGCUGGGACUAGCGCUACUGAAUGAUAGAUUAGCUUCAUGAUAGUGGUACACAGAGGUGUGUCUUGCCAGCAUUCCUGAAUAAUGACAUGAGAUGGAGAGUGCUGUCCUUCAAACUGUAGAAGCUCAUGCUGUUACUUUGUGGCUGUUGCAGAGACCUGCUCAGUGGGCAGAGGAUGAGAAGGGAUAUUGGAGGAAGGGCAACAAGGAGGGUGAUUGAGUGCCUUUUUUAUUGUAACCCCUUCUGCACUGAAUAAAGAAGAUGCCACAAAAACCAAUGUGUUUGCCUGGAUAUCAAAAAGGAAUUAUGUAAAGUGGAUAAGAACUUCGCUUUGUUGUCUUGAGGAACAGGUUUUUUUUUAACCAGAGAACACUUCAGUGAAGCAAAAGUGAAGGAUGCUACCAGUCAUUUGUUCAGAAAAUGUAUUUUAAUAGUCUGUUAGGAGACUGUCGAAGGAGGGCAAACUUCUGUUCUCAUUGUGAUACGGCAUUACUCCGUCUUUGUCCCCUGCAUUCUAUUCCAGUUUGUGUUUUAUGCUUGAGACAUCCUGCUUUGGUACCAUCAAGUACGGGGAAAAAUACUUUACAGCAAUGCUUCUUAAGGCAUAAAGUAUAAGGUGCCACUUGCUAUACAGAAGACAAGACAAGGUUAUCUUAGAACAUUAACUUUUACCCAGUACAAAGAUUGAACUCAGUGUAGAGAACAUAUCUUAAUUAUAACAAAGUGUCUCAUUCUUAAGGAAGUAAACUGUGCCAUAGGCAGGUGCAGGGACACUAAACUGUCGCCAGUGCCUGGAGAUGGGUGCGUGGCUGGCCCUCAAUCAGGUGACAGUGUGGAGACAGAGGGAACCUUCAACAUCCUUCUCAACUUUAAUGUGGGUAAAAUGCCUUCCCAACUGCAAAUCUGGCUGUUAGUGUGACUCAGUGAGUUGACAAAGAUGUGUUAACUGGCAUACCAGAAUAGGUAAAAGUGGGAAAUGGACCAUCACAGCCUGUUAUAUCAGAGAAAGUUGCAAAAUUAUAUAUACCUGCAGACAGUAAUCAGAAAAAGUAUUGCUGAGCCCUGUGUGUAUAACCCAGAGUAUUCAUUGUCUUAAAGCAGAGCUGCUGGUAUUAUGAGGAUGAUCAGGGUUUUGCAAAGGUGCCCUCUUUUCCUUCUAACCUCUGAAGGAAAUGGGAUGAGCAACAUAAGAAAGGCUGCACUGGGUCAGACCAAAGGCCUGUCUGGCUUGGUAUUCUGUCUCACAGUGGCUGGGUUUGAAUGCCUAGGGGGUACUGUAAGGGUGAAGUGGUUUUAUAGUGAUAUGGUAUUUUCCUUUUACAUCAUCUUAGCCCAGUGUCCAGUCUCAAAAAGAUUUACAAACUCUUUCUUCAAGGCUGGAGAAAACUUUUGUGAACCUUUUGGCUAUAGUAUUUAUCCUGCAACUGGAUUUAAUUAUAUUUUUAGAAGGACAUGUAAUCUGGCUUUAAAAACAUCAUGUAAGGAUUAGCUCAUCGUUUUUGGUAAUCAGUUUUCUUAUUAAUUACCCUCUUUAUAUGGAAAUUGCAUCUUCUCUUGGAAUAGUUUUUUUUCCUAAUAUCAACAUCCUGACAUUGUUUCUUGCUAUGCUUUUUUUUAGAAAGGUUGAAAAGUCCUAUUCUUCCUUUAUGUUUUGGCUUCUUUAUCAUGUUGACUGAGCAUAGGUAGUUAUACAAGUCCUAUGUAAUACACUAACCAAUAUAAGUCAUUUUUCAUAAGCUUCACGCUGUAAAACUUGUCAUUUAACCUUUAAUUAUGCUUCUGCGUGAAAAUCCCCAGUAUUCCACAUUCAUCUGCAUUCAGCUUUACAGAAGCAGGAACACUUGCUUCCCUAUUGCUUUUCAGGCUUCAUGUACUCAUAUAUCCAAACGUUGUGCUAGCCCUUGCUGCCCAGACACUGCUGUAACACUACAAGUGAUAUUCAGGCAGUUGACUCUGAAUCUGAAGUUCUUAUCACUUUUUUUCAAUGCAGAAGAUCCUAGAAAAUAAGAAUAAUCUUCACUUGUUUUUAAUUCCAAAAUGCAUUGCAUUGCCUUUAGCAUUAUUACAGUGCAAUUUUUUUGGGCUGACAGUUUUUAAAAUUUGGAAUACUGAAGAGCUCAGUCUAUUUAGUUUUAUUAGAAGAGGACCAGAGAUGUCUUGCCUGUGUGGUAGAAAGGCCUUUAUGGAAAUCGAAAUUCUACAUAAUAAAGCAUCUCUUGUCUUGAGCAGAUGAGCAUAAAAAUAAACUUGAAGCUAAAGCCAAAUGAAUUCAAGUUAGAAAUAGGGUAUGAGCUUUUAACAGUGAGGGCAAGUUAACCAUUGGAACAAAGUACUGUGGGAAGCAGUAGCUUCUGUGUAUCUUCAAGCUUCAAUUUGAAGACAGCAGCUUUAUGGAAGUAGUGUUGUAGCUGAAUAUAAGCCAUUAAAAUAAACAGAGGCAUCUAAAAGGCAUUGGAUGGUCACUCUUAUAGUGAAAGUCAGUCUACACGAAGUGAUAGUUGCUUCUGGUUUAGAACCUCAGAGAAGACAAGACUUUUUUCUACAGCGUAGAGAUCUGUUGAACAAUGGGGAGUGUUUUGGCAAACACAGGGAAAAGUCAUGAUGAUGGAAGUUUUAUGAUAUUACCAGAAGAUUGCCAUGAAAUUUGCAUGAGAAGGUAAGGUGAGAAAAAAUUUGUCUGUGCCAGCUGAAAUGAAACAUCGUUUCUGCAUGCCAGUUUAUUUGUGAGUAGUAUGAUAUAUGAGUGUACAGUCUUCAGAACUCAGUUGAAGAGUGUGCUUGGUGAGGAUUCCACCUUUCUUGCUGUACUGGCAGCUACAGUUCGGCUGUCUUGGGUUAUUGUUCCCUGUGUACACAUGCAGCUUCAGCAGCUCUGUCUCAGUUCAUUCGCUCAACUGUGUGAACUGCCUGCACAUUGCACUGAAGGUUAUUAAAUGAAUGAGGGAGAGCAUCGGUGGGCUUAUUACCUUAUUACCUUGAUACUUGCAAAAAAAAAUAUGCAAUAUCUUUCUUACUCACGAUAGCAGUUGCUUCUGCUUUUCUCUCUCAUGGCAUGUAAGGAAGAUGCCUCCUUGUAGGAGUGCCCUUUUGGUAGCCUGUAGCCUUCACUAUCACACUGAAGGAGCAGAUGGUAGGUUUUUCCAAGUAGAAGAGUUCUUCUGCACCCAUCUGAGAGGAGUUGGUAUGACUGGAGGGAGCAAUUUUCUGGUAGCAUGUUCCCUAAAAUUAGGGAGCACUGACUUGUUCAGGUCUUUCAGCUUUAAAAUACAUCAUGCUCUACCUUUGUUUCAAAAGGAAUGUAAAAUUCCAUUGAUGGAAUAGUGCCGCAUUUGAAUUCUUGCUUCAAAUCUCAAAUCCUGAACAUAGUGUUAAUGUCCCAUGCUAGCAUUUGCCUGGAGUGGUAUAUAUGAGACCUCAUUGCUGGAAGCUCUUCUGAGAGUGCCAUGAACUGAGACUGGUCUGGCCUGGCCAGAGCCCCUGGGUACUGCUGAAGCCAUUGAAUUUUCUCUCAACUUCAGCAACACCAGACAGUUAGCCAAAGCUACCAUCAGUUGCAUUCUGCCUUCCUCCUUCUGUCCCACAGGGCUUACCUAGAGAUAGUUCACAAACAGGUCUACUCAAAAUCUUUGAAGAGCCGCACUGUGCAUGUCCCAAAUGUUUUAUGUGGUCAUAGUAUUUAACUGUUUGAUACGGAUUGGAUUCAGGGUUCCUAUUUUGGGGGUAAUAUGUAAAUAACGAAGAUUCAUGCUUGUAUUCCUCUGUCUUAAACUAAUGAUGUGUAUUCUCUGAAUGAGGCUCUUGCAGAAUCUUUGUUCUGAUUAUAGAAACUGGAAAUAAAUCAAUAUAUGAAAGAAGUGUUUUAUCUGGUAUAAUGCAAACUGAGGUGAGAGUGGGAGAAGAGAGGCUUCACUGACAUAUAACUUGAUUUACAGUACUGGAAUGUCCAUAAUCUGCAUGCUUCCUUGACUGUUUCUGUAAGUAUAAACUGUAACCUGAAGGUCUAUAGGGAGUUACUGUGCUUUUCUUCCUUUGAAUUGCAAACUUGAGUGAAGGACUUGAGGUAAUUUAUCAUGUCCAUUCUUUGUGUUUUGCAAUUAUUUUGUUUGUUUCCCAGUUUGUCAUGACGUUUUCUCUAGACAAGUGAGAUGCUCCCUGUUUGGAAUUUGAAACAACUCCAGAGUUUAAGUAGCCUUUCACUUCCAAGUCACUGCUUCAGAUCUGCCAAGUCCCAAAAGGGAUUUCAUUUAAAUGAGCAGGUCAGUCUCAAUUGAUAGUUUAAUGGAUAUCUAUUCAUUUUGCCAAUGCUAACAUCCUUUUAAGACAGAUUGGCGUAAUUCUUUUUUACCAUGAUAGCAGUGGCUUCAAAGAUCAAAUGAGCAGUGGACGUUGAAUUUUGUUUUUCAUAUAUUUGUGUCCCAGUAUUGACGCUAUACACACUUGUGGAAAGAACAAAACAUGACUUCCCUCUACAUUAACCAUUCCAAGGAACAAAUUGUAAAAAAUUAGAUCCUGGGCUGAUUGAAUGCUUUUAAACAAAAAGAUAAAGAUUCUUUGGAAAUUGCUUCAAGUUCUCAACACUAUAUUGAGGGGGGUGUCCAACUUUUAAAAGUGAUGAUUUUCCUCUCUCAUCUGCAAGCUGCACCUGUGAGAACUGAGAGGUGUUCCUGGUGAAAUGUGUUGAUUUUUGUCAGGAGCAAGGAGAAAAGAUCUCUUAACCCUCGAUUGUUAUGUGAAGUGCCCAGAUUUGGCAAACAUGAUCAACUAUGGGUAACAGUCAAAAAUGUCAGAUAUCUAAAAAUCAUUAUGAGCUGGUUCAGUUUUCCACCUACUUGCAUUUUUUUCAUGAGGAGUGAAGCAUUUCAUUUGAUAAUUGGAGGCAUUUCUAUUAAAAAAAAAAAAAAAAGCUGAAUGGUUCUUGUUCGCAUGUCUUUAAUUUUACACCCAAGAGAGAAUUUUCUCAGUUCAGUUUGAAUAGCUGGUGGUCAAUUCAGUAACAGGGCUGAAUGUGUUGGCUUUUACCUAUUUUGAUGUUAUUCUGACUGUGUGUGCUUCAUACCCUUCCAGCUCAGAGAAUCAACAGAAACUACAAAUCAAUACAAGUAGACUUGCUACAUACUAAUGGAGGAUUUCUCACAUCUAAAUAAAGGGUAUUCCAAAUCUGGGGGUACAAGAUUUGUUCCCUACUGAAGUAAAGCAAUUUUCCAAUAGGAGCUGGUACUUGUUAGUCAUUUUUUAAUGAAACAUAGUAUAGAGUUUCAAAAUGCUAAAUGACACUAAUUUCAUUAAUUUCUGAUGGGGGAGCAGGAGGGAGGUAUCUAAAGAUGAGAAUUUAUUCAGGAGUUGCUGCCAUUAGGCAGAUGAAACACAUGGAUUUUACAAAAUGCACUUUUAAAAUUGCACCAAGUUGGAGAAAUCUUACUUUGAGAAGUGUCAUAGCUUCUUCCUCAAAGACUGCCUGCAGGGGCAGUGAUGGCAAACCAGUGGUUCUGCUAAGCUAAUGCCCACACUGAUACUGAUGUUUUUCUCAUAAUUUUGACACCAGCUUCCUCAGAGAUUCACCAACAUUGCCUUAAGACUUUUAUUCAUCCUCUUCACCAUGUAAUUUGCAAGUGCUUGGACUUACUCAGCCCCUCACCAUGGAGAAACAAGCAUUCCCAUUUUGAGAAAGCCAGAGGUGAAGACACUCUUAAUGCUGAGUGUUGUAUGGUGAGUGAAAGAAGUCCUGUGUUUUCUUUCCUGGCUGUCCAGUGUCACCAUGAAAGGACCCUAUACAAAUAAGAGCAGCAAGGGGAGCUUUUGUGAGCAUUUUAUCCCUUGCUGGUCCUUUCAGGUACUGUGGAGACAGCAAGGAGAGGGAAUGAGGAGUGCAGGGUCUGAUUCCCAGGAGAGAGGAAGAGGGACCAUGAGGUGCGGCCAUUGCUCUGCACUUAAGCAGUGCAGGGGCUACUCCAGGGCUACCCUGGGACAGGUGGCAUUUCCCACUCUUGUGACCACAUUGGUAGGCUGCACAACUGUAAGCUGCAGGCUUCCUGUGUUUACAUAUUUAUGUAGAUGUUAAAGGUGGUACUUAUUUAAAUAUCUCCCCACCCCCCCCAAAAAAAAAAGGCAAGCAACGCAGAAAAUUUGUGAUCUCAUGAUGAACAAUUCAAGUUGCCAGUGUUGCUGUAAUUGGUGCCCUUCUGCAUGCACAGGACAAUGCAGCCAGGCAGUUGCAUGGCUUAUUGUUGGUUUUGAGGGUCAUGUGUCCUGUCCCAUCCUCUCUCAUCCCACCCCUGCUUUCACACUAGGUUCUUGCCUCAGUUGGUGUAGGAGGGUUGAGGCCCUCUGUAUGUACAGCAACUUGCAUUUGGGUUUUUUUUUCCUCAUUUAGACUGACUUCAAGCUUUUUAUUUACUGCACAUCACCUAGACCCAACCCUAAAGAGGGAAGAAGUAAUCUCCUUGUUAAUGUCUUUAGGGUACCUGCUGCUAUGGCAUCCUAGGAUGUUAAUUAAUUUACUUAUGUGCUGAGAAUUUGGAUGUUAUUGUCAGCCUUAUUUUAUAGAUGGUGGGUUUAAGUCAGAAUGACUGAAGGAAAAACUGGGAGUCAUCUCUGAAGUUUGGGGGCCCAAGAUGAGAUACCCGGGCACUGGCAAUUUGGAGUGGCUUGCUUUGUAGCCUUUUGCAGGUUCAAAUCACACUUCCUAUGAAGUUUCAUAGCAGCUGAGAUCUCAGAGCUUCUGCAAAUCCAGCCACAAUUACUGAUGAGGUGAGGAGCACUGUCCUCAUUACUGAAGUCUCUCUCUGCUUGUCAGGUAUCAGAGAGAUGACAACAGGCAGGCACCUCUCUAGGGCUCAUUGUCAAUAGCUUUCAUUGCAAGAACUUUGCCUUUACCGUUUCCUGCAUUAUCCUUCCUGUCUUUAGUAGCAAAUGAGUCAGACGCAAUCUCCUUCAGUUCUCGGCCCUCACCUCUCCAGAGGUGUGUGUUCUGUGCUCUGUAUGAAGCUGGAGUCACAUAGAAAAUAAACUGUGUGAUCACUUGAUUUGGCAUUAUUGUAGAAUGUAUGCACAGAGGAACAAACUAGGAUGGUAGUUAAUUUCUUCAAUUUUGAGUAUUUUUAUCUGUAACCAGAUAUGGGUGUGUAUAUAUAAUAUUAUUUUUGAGCUAGGAAUUUUUGGUAUGUAUUCACUUGAUAUUGGGGUUUCCUUAUACAGUAUUUUAGCUUCCUAAAAUAUGCUUUGUCUCUGGAAGUAUCUAUGGUUCCUGGACGUCAAAGGAAUUGAAAAUGGAAGAGCAGCCCAAAUGCAUAGUACCUCAGAGGAUCUGCUGUGAAAUAGCUUGUCUGCUAUAACUGGAGAAGGAUCAAUAGGUAGGUGAAAACUUGCUCUUGAGCAGUUACACUUUGUGUACUUUUACCUGAACAUCAUAGGAUGGUAUGACUAUUGACUUAUGCCUUGCACUGUUAUUUCAAGUGUUGUUCCCUAAACUCAAAAGUAAUGACUAUCCAGUGCAGCAAACCUGUCUGUUGUUUAACAAAUGAUAGGUUGCCUGUUAAUGCCCAAUUCAGCAGAGUUUUAAAAUAUCAGAAAUCUUAGUGUAUAUUUUGGGAAGAAUGCCCUUGGGUGAGAGACCCUCUUUGGAAGCAGAAUCAAUCAUCUGACUGAGCUGUAUUGGAAACAAGGGGAAAGGUACAAAGCAAAAAUGGUACUAACUUUUGUCUUUAUUAUCCUAUGUUUUGUUAUUUUCUCUCCAUUGACUGGUCUAGAUCUUCUAGAGAAAUUAGUGCAUUUAAAAAACAAAAACCAACCAACCAAAACCAAAAAAUCCAAACAACCUCUCCAAGUUUUUGUAGGUUUCUUGUCUCAGACGUGGGUUGACAGGCUCAGUUUGCCUCUGAAUACCUGACUUCUGAUGUAAACAGAUGCCAUUAACCUGAAAGAUGAAAAUCAGAAUGUGUGAAUUUCUACAAAUACCACCUGAGUUUGGACAGGUAGCUGCAGUUUUGGUAUCCUUAUACUUGCAAUAAAGUAUUGUGGACCACAUCAUUCCUUGCUCACAUGUUGCACCUUUAUACCUGUUACAAAUGCUAAAUGGGCAUUUUCUGACCAAAGUGCAUUGUUUGCUCAACAAAAGCGUAAAAGAUGAUACGUGGUAUGUUGCUGUACACCUUAUCUUCUCUCUGCUAAUUGCUGUGGAUAAAGUGAUGAUGUGUACUACCACGUGACUCAGAAAUCACUUUGCUGACAACUACAAAUUUCUUUCGGAUAAGCUGUAACCCACCUGUAUGUAUACUUAAAUGCAACUGUCUGUUCCUGGGAAGGACUCAAAUGCUUGUCACAAAUAGCUGGCAACUGGAAGCACUGGAACUGGUGUAUUCAGAAUGUGACUGCUCUCUAUCAUUCUGGAAGUACCUCGAGUGUUUAGGAUAUGGAUGAGUACAACUUCUACUGCUUGUCACUGAACUACUGCUGGUAACUGAAAAUUGGAAUACAGUGUUCCCUGGAGAGUUUGUCUGUCAUGGAGCUCAAGAGGUUAAUAUGUAGUUAUGUGAUGAUACUAUAAUUUUAUAUGCAUCUGCAGAUACUGGUAAUAGACAUUAAAGUGGGCAUUUAUAUCCUUA